CAAGGCUAACGUCUUUCACAUUCGAACAGCUACAGAAGAUAAACAGAAUGAUGAAAAUGAUCAAAGCCCCGCUAAAGGAAAUUAUAUCACAUGUCUCUUCUGCAAAGACAGAAAGCAUAAGAUUCAUAGCUGUUCUAAAUUUUUGGCAAAACCCCUGGAAGAGAAACGGAAAUAUGUGAAGGAGAACAAACUCUGCUACGGUUGCAUGAAACCGGGCCACGCUGCAAAAGACUGCCGUCACCGUUUGUCCUGUGACAGCUGCAAAGGUAGACAUCCAACAUGUCUGCAUGAUGAAAACUACACAAAGAAAUUCAUCCCUGCACCAGUCUCAAACCAAGGUGACACAGAGACAACUACUGCUACAUCUCACAAAGUAGAGAAUCAUGAAACAUCCACCAAUACUUCGAUGAUCGUGCCAGUGUGGGUAUCAACUGAGAGGAAUCCAGGCUCUGAAAAACUUGUUUAUGCUCUGCUUGACACCCAGAGUGAUACUGUGUUUAUCGAACGAGAAUUGAGCAACAAGCUACAUGCUGACUCCUGUCCUGUGAGACUGAAAUUAACAACUAUGACUGCAAAGGAUGUUAUCAUGCCGAGUGAAAGAGUGUCGGGACUCAAAGUAAGAGGCUACAAUUCCUCUGUUGUUCUCAGUCUGCCUCCUGCCUACACUAAGGACUCUAUUCCAGUGAGCCGUACUCACAUCCCUACUUGUGACACAGCACGACAUUGGAAGCAUCUUUCUACAAUAGUGGACAAAAUUCCACCUCUGCAAGAUUGUGAGGUUGGCCUUCUCAUAGGCUACAGCUGUCCAAGGGCUUUGGCACCAAAAGAGGUGAUUUUGGGAGGAGACGAUGAACCCUAUGCAAUUCAUACAGACCUAGGAUGGAGCGUUGUUGGUCGUCUGUCAUCAGACCAGGAAUUGCAAAGUUUCAAUACCAUUUGUCAUCGAGUAAGUAUUAAAGAGCUCCCCCCAGUGACUCCAGCAGAUGUUAUUAAAGUAUUGGAGUCUGACUUCAAAGACGAUGGUGAAGACAAUAAAACUGUCUCACAAGAUGACAUCCUCUUCUUGACCAAACUGCAGCAAGGCAUCAGGAAGAAUGAUUACGGACAUUACGAGAUGCCUCUCCCUUUCAGAGCAAGACCUCAUUUGCCUAACAAUAAACAGCUUGCCAUUCUAAGGCUCAAUCAUCUCAAAAGGAAACUGUUGAAAGAUGAAAGGUACAAGGAACACUACGUAAGGUUCAUGGAAGAGGUAGUUGAAAAGGGUGAUGCAGAAGAAGUAUAUAAGGAAGGAAAGGAUGGAGAGAACUGGUACAUCCCUCAUCACGGGGUGUACCAUCCCAAAAAGCCAGACAAGCUCCGUGUUGUCUUCGACUGCUCCGCCAAGUACCAGGGUACCAGCCUUAACGACCAUUUACUCCAAGGUCCAGAUUUAAUGAAUAAUCUGACUGGUGUUCUUGUAAGGUUCAGACAACAUCCCGUCGCCCUUAUGUGCGAUGUGGAAAAGAUGUUUCACCAAUUUCAUGUGGAAGAAGCAGAUCGAAAUUACCUCUGUUUUCUCUGGUGGAAAAAUGGAAACUUGUCUUCACACCCACAAGAAUACCGAAUGAAGGUCCAUCUUUUCGGUGCUACUUCAUCACCUGGAUGCGCCAACUAUGGCCUAAAACAUCUCGCUAAGGAAUAUGAGUCCAUGUAUCCCCUUGGCUCAAAAUUCAUCACAACAGACUUCUAUGUAGAUGAUGGUGUCACCAGUGUAGCCAGUACAGAAGAAGCUGUCCAGGUAGCAAGAGAAGCUCGUCAACUGUGCGCCUUAGGUGGCCUUAGACUGCACAAAUUUAUUUCCAAUGACAGAGUUUUUCUGGAUAGCAUUCCAGUUUCUGAACGAGCUGUUGAAGUAAAGUCGUUUGACCUCAACUUCGACGAGACACCCCUAGAGAGAGCUUUAGGGAUCCACUGGCACAUUGAUUCUGACAGAUUUAGAUUCUCUGUUGACCUCAAAGACCAGCCAGCAACACGCCGUGGCAUACUGUCCACAGUUGCAUCACUGUACGAUCCGCUGGGCUUUAUUGCUCCUUUCCUGCUCAGUGGAAAAUUGGUGCUUCAGGAAAUGUGCAGAAACGGAACAGGCUGGGAUGAUCCCCUUCCUGAAGAAUUACAGCCAAGGUGGGAGCUUUGGAAAGCUGAUCUUGUGAACUUGGAGCGGAUCAAUAUACCUCGCUGCUAUGCGCCUGCAAACUUUGGAAAGGUCAUCAAAAGAGAACUUCAUCACUUCUCUGAUGCCAGUAACAGCGGAUAUGGCCAGUGUUCCUAUUUAAGAUUAACAAGUGAAGAAGGAAACAUCCAUUGUGCCCUGGUCAUAGGGAAAUCAAGAGUUGCUCCCAUUAAGAUCCAGACCAUUCCCAGGCUCGAACUGACGGCUGCCGUCAUCUCAGUUGCCAUGAGCAAAAUGCUGAAACAGGAGCUGAAGUAUCCAGACAUAGAAGAACAUUUCUGGACCGAUUCUCAAGUAGUUUUGGGAUACAUAAACAACGAAGCACGGCGUUUUCACACGUUCGUGGCAAACAGAGUCCAGAAGAUCCACCUCAGCACUAAUCCUCAACAGUGGAGAUAUGUUCCCACUAAUGAAAACCCAGCUGACCAUGCGUCAAGAGGUUUGAACGCUGGUGAGAUUCUUACCUCAAACUGGUUGACAGGGCCAAGUUUCCUAUGGAAGAAAGACAUACCUCCUGUUGCAGAUAUUGACAUCGCACUAGCAGUUGGAGAUCCUGAAGUGAGACAAGUUCAGACACUGAGUACAGAAACAACAGAAAUCAGCCUCUCAGACCGCUUGUUGAAGCUGUCUUCAUGGUCUAGAGCUGUCCAAGCUGUAGCUCGCCUUGUUCGCCGAGCCAAAGGAGAUAAGUCCAACAGUCAUAGUACUGUAGCUGAACGAGAAAACGCCAAAUGCAUCAUCAUUAAGGACUUACAAAGAAACACCUAUCCUAAGGAUAUCAAGUUGUUGAGCAAAGGAGCCCAGCUGUCACCUGGCAGCAAGUUAUAUCAUCUUGAUGCCUUCCUAGAUCAAAAAGGAGUACUCAAGGUGGGAGGGAGGCUUUGCAAUGCACCCCUACCCAACUCAGUCAAACACCCAGCAGUCAUACCUAAAGAUCACCACAUAACAAAGAUGAUUAUCUCUCAAUGUCAUGUGAAUGUCAAACACCAAGGAAAGGGCCUUACAAUUAAUGAGAUCAGAUCACAAGGCUACUGGAUUCCAGGUAUGAACAGAGCAGUAGCUUCUCAUGUGCAUCAUUGUGUAACAUGUCGGAAGCUCAGGAGACCCACAGAGGAACAAAGAAUGGCUGACCUCCCUUCAGAGCGUACAAAUCCAUCUCCACCAUUCACGUACUGUGGUAUGGACUGCUUUGGUCCUUUUAUCACCAAACAGAGUCGGAAAGAACAUAAAAGGUAUGGCCUUCUCUUCACAUGUUUCAGCUCCAGAGCUAUUCAUAUUGAAAUGCUUAAUGACAUGUCAACAGAUGCCUUUAUCAAUGGCCUGCGCUGUUUCAUUGCAUUACGGGGAGCAGUACGUGAAAUCAAAUGUGACCAAGGCACCAACUUUGUAGGAGCCAAGAAUGAGCUUAAGAAUGCUCUCAAGGAGAUUGACAAGGAUCGUCUGACAGUGUUCUUAGCUGAGAAGCAGUGCGACUUUGUCCUAAAUGCGCCCCAUUCAAGCCAUGCAGGUGGAAUAUGGGAAAGACAAAUCAGAACAGUGAGAAAUGUUCUACGCUCAACUCUCUCGCUUUCUUCUGACAGACUGGACGAUGCAUCACUCAGGACAUUCCUUUAUGAAGCAAUGGCAAUCGUAAACAGUAGACCACUCUCGGUCGACAACCUAAAUGACCCCAACAGCCUUGCACCUCUCACUCCUAAUAACCUGCUUACCAUGAAGUCUGCUCCAGCAUUACCACCACCAGGCAGAUUCCUCAGGGAAGACAUCUAUGCACGGAAAAGGUGGCGACAUGUCCAGUAUCUCGCCGAGCAGUUUUGGAGUCGUUGGCGUAAGGAGUAUUUAUCCAACAUUGCCACCAGACAGCGCUGGCACACAGCAAAGAGAAACCUGCAAGUAGGAGAUAUUGUCAUGGAGAAGGCUGACAAUCUGCCCAGAAAUGAGUGGCGGCUGGCCAGAGUUACAGAAACUACUACAGAUAAAGACGGGCUUGUGAGAAGGGUUAAGAUAUGUCUUGGUGACCGGCAUCUGGAAAAGGAUGGUCGUCGCCUUAACAAGCUGUCUGUCAUUGAAAGGCCAGUCCAGAAGCUGAUACUGUUGCUAGAGGCCGUCUAGCCGCUUCCAGAUACAACCACGUGUAUCCUUUUCAUUAUAUUGGGUUUUCAGUUAAAGGUUACUUUUUUACUUUAAGUCUUUAAAAAUCAUUGGUAAUUUAUAUUCCUUAAUGCCAUAUAAAUCACUCAUGAUUUGGUGGGAGUGUAAAUGACCAUUAAAUCCCCCAUCAAUGAAGUGAGCUGACACAUUUACCUCCAGCUAUAGAGGGCGAUGUUGUCAAGGAACUAUACAAAAAGGCUUUCACCAAAAGGACUUUAUUGCUAAACUUUGAGCAAAAUGCUGCUAAAGAACUAUUUAUUUAUUUUUGCUUUAGUUAAAUAUUGAUUUUGUUGAAUGCUUAAAGUGUACUUUUUUGUGAUUUGUUUUGCAAGAGUGCUUAUGUUUUUACCACAUACUUUUAUUUUGAAAUAUGAGAGGAAGUGCGGAGGCGCUGUGUGUGUAUUUUCGCGCACUUUCUAAGGGAAGCGUCAGUCUGAUUAACGCUACCGGAGACGUAAGGUGAACGUUUUGUACAUGCUGUUAAAAAAGGUUUAUUUCUCCAACUAAGCUCCUGGCUGACAAAGGGCACAAGCUCUUACGGUGUUUGUCCUAGAAAUUAAAUCUUUCAUAAACAUCAGUUGAGAGUCAGUUGUCAUCUGUUCAGCCGGGGAUGCUACAAUCA